AUGAGCAAGUCUGAGACGAUUGACUUGUCUGGAAUGCCAGCCCAGUCCCCGAAUUUCCUGGUCCAGCCCAAUUCGGGCCCGAGAAAGGCCCAGGCAAACCGAAAGCAACACCGCAACCAGCGCCGGGCCGGACGACCGGGAGCCUCUCUCAUCGAAGACGACGACUUCUCCAUGAUGCAGCCCCAUACCUUUGGCAACGGCACCUCCCGUCGGGGUCAGACCUCCAUCACUCACCUCCUCGACAACUAUCAUGCCCCCAUGCUCGUCCCGGGUAUGGACAACUACCAUACCUUUGCCCGCACGUACCGGCGUAACCCUCACUGGGAACCCGGUUCGGGGUAUCGACAGGCUGACAAGCUGCGGUAUGUGCGAGCCAACUACCGCUUCGUCGUGUCGCCCGAGGGGUCGUACUCCUCCAUCGCCAGCGACGCCGACGCCCAGAUCGACUGGAACAACGUCUUGCAGGUGGUCGCCUCAUCCCUGUCCCAGACAACUUCGUGCCCCAUCUGCCUCUCGGACCCGGUGGCCCCUCGGAUGGCGCAGAGAAAGUGGAGAAAGUGCCCCAUUUGCGAGGACAGGAUCCAGCUCUCCGACGUUCGGCCCGUGCGCUUCUACGCGGGUCAGGAGAGCCCACUACCCCGGCCCGGCGAGGAUGUGGUUCUCCGGCUCAUGGGGAGGAGCGCGGCGUCGACGUUAGCCAUGCCGCGGGAAGGCGGCACGGAAGCCCUGGACGCCGGUGACGACAUUGCUUGGCAAUACGCGGCCAACGCCAUGGACUACGGCCGGGUCAUGAAGGCGAACGGCUCGUACAUGGUGGAGCAGCACGAGGAGGAGAUUGCGGCGCUCGAGAAGCAGGAGAAGGAGGACGAGUGCAUGUUUGGCUCGGACGGCGAGUGGACGCAAAAGGCUAUAAAGGCCAUCCGCAACGCUCAGGAGGCCAGCCACGGAAAGCACGCGUCCGGACCCGACUUCUUCUUUUACUCGGCCCCGCCGCACCUCUACCUCUCGCCGCUCGAUAUCCGCAUCCUCAAGACCAAGUACGGCGACUUCUCGCUCUUCCCCUGCACGCUGCUGCCUCGGGUUGAGCACAUCUCGACGGGCCACGUCGUCGACGACGCCUUGCGGCGCAGGGCAAAGUACCUCGGCCACCUACCCCGCGGGUGCCUCAUCAGCUUCCUCGAGUGUGACUGGACCGACAUCGUGCCGGCUGAGACGUUGGAGCAGUUUGCCGAUGAGAUUGAGCGCCGAAGGAAGCGCAACCGAGACAAGGCCACCCAGGAGGAGCGCCUGCGUCUGCAGGCCGAGAGGCUUGAGGCUGCGGCCAUUCGCAGCACGGGCCUACCGCGAUACGAUCCGGUGCUCGACGAUGUCGACACGGCCAGGGUGGACUUUUCCGAAGCCGACUUUUGCCCUUGGCCGCGACCGGGCUUCUCGCAGCUUGUAGGCUUGUCGACGAGUCCGUCGGCGUCCCGGACGGUGUGGGGCACCGUUGCGGUUCCUGGGUCGCCGACCAGCAGCGUCACUAGGGCGGCCAACGUGGACGACGGAUGGCUCAAUGAUGCGGACUUUUUGGGCGAUGCUUCCAUUGCGGCGCAGCUGGAGGCGCUGGGUAUCGAGGAUGCCGCGGGCGCCUCGGCAGCGAACGGCAACAACGAGGCAGCGCCAGGAUUGGUACUCGCUGGUGAAGGCGGAGGAGCGCUAGGAGGGGAAGGCAGCGCCAAUGUGGGCAAGGUCAAGGGGAAGAAGAAGAAGCAGAAGAUUACUCUGAUGAGUACGGUUGUCCCCGGAAGAACCUUUAUUCCUCUCACGAGCAGCCUCGCGCUUCGCAAUGUCGAACGCAAGACGCUCCACGACAUCAUGGCCGCCUCCAUGGGUGCUGCCGCUUCCAUCACGAUCACCCGUCCCGCCGCUGAAGAGAAAACUCAACCAGUCACGCGGGAGUUUGUUGCUACUGCUACUGCUGUCGUCGUCGGAAAGAAGCGCGGUCAAGCUGACGUCACCGUCAUCCCGUAUGGGAGAUCGUGGCGAUCGAUUCCAGCGACGUCGUUUCAAGAUUCUCAACAACCUGGUGCCCCCGCGACGCAAGGGUCGUGGGUGGUGCAGAUGAAGAGGAGCGGGGACAAUGGCCCCUUUACCCCGCCAAGGUUCGAAUGGGGAGCACUCGUCGCCUGUUGCGAAGAGGGUGACGUCACUAACGGACGAAAGUGGGAUGCCACCGCCGCUUCUCCGGCGGUCCUGGGCCCCUCGACUGGGGAAUCUCGCCGCCGAUCAAAGUAG